AUGGUAGCGGAGCCGCUUCCAGAGAAGUGGCUCAGGAGAUCCAGGGAAGACCUGCUCCCGUUCGACUGGACGCAGGAUGACAAGUGGCGGAACUGUCGGGAUCAGCCCGGAGACAUGUGGUGGGUCAACGGGCCAUGCGGAGAGUGCAACCUCACCAUGGCCCACUGGCAGGCCCUCAAGGAGGAGCGGCGAUGGGCUGGCUUCGACCUUGGGGAGGCAGCGGCUGGGCCAGUCGGCAGCCGCGCCUACAGCAACGUCACUCCAAGGAGAAGGGACCGAGGACGAGCGGCCUCAGUGGAACUGGAAGAUGCGUGGCACUCCUGGGACUGGAAUUGGGGAAGCGCGUGGCAGGGCCAGAGUUCGUGGUACUACUCAGCAGGUGGGAACUAUGAGACUCGGGCCACGCCGACCCUGCCAGAACUGGUUCCUGAGUUCGUACAGGCAUGGUACUUGUUGCAGGACGCGGGGCUCGAGCAGAAUGAGAAGAACCUGGUGUUGACCGCCAUCAAAGGAGAGAUGGACCUUCAGAAGAUGGCCCAGGAGCUUCGGACCCAGUGUCCGGAGCCCGAGCUUCGACGCCGAGAUCAGCAACGACGACACCAUGGAUAUUGGGGUCACACGGAAGGCGGCGAGGACUCGGAGGACGACGAGCAGGGCGGCCCGGACAUGGUGUUCAGUGCCGAACAGGAGUUGAAUGAAGAGGGCUAUGCGCUGUGGUCUUCGGCAGCAUCGGAGGCUGAAGAGGCCUUGGCGGCCCUCCAAGGUGCACGGCGCACCCUGAAGGACGCACGGGCUCGCCAACACCAAGUGAAGAUGAACAGAAAAUACUUUCGUGGUGGACCCAGUGGCGGCCGAGGAGGACACCAGAGUACGGGACCACCCCGAGAUGACUCUCGAAUGACCUGCCUACGGUGUGGAAAGGUGGGCCAUCGCAUCGCGAAUAGCCCUCAGAGUGCCGACUACAAGAAAGAGCCUGAUGCUCAGGCUCCCUUCGUCUGCUUCGCCACUGCCGGAGUUGUGACCGAAGAAGACGACCAGGCAUUCUCAGUGGAGGCGCCCACCACGCAAGAAGCCGUGCUCCAAGGGAAGUGCGUGCUAGACAGCGGGGCGACCCGGAGUCUUGGGUCGGCACAUGCAAUUGAGCAAGUGAUGCGCUUGAGUUCGGGUGCCGUGUCUCACAUCGAUGUGGGCGAUUGUCCAAAGUUUGGCUUUGGCAACAGCUCGGAGGAGCGAUGCGUCUCCACCGUUCACUUCAAGGUCAAAGCUCAGGGACAAGAUGGCACGCUCAAGGUGCACGCCCUUUCGGGCGGCGAGGGUCCGAUAUUGUUCUCGAUAGAAGCGCUCAGGAAGCUCAAGGCCAUUGUGGACUAUGACUCCGACAUGGUAGUCUUCAGGGCCCUGAACCCCAAGCGCCUCAUACAACUUGAGCAGUCCACGUCAGGACAUCAGAUCUUUCCCCUCACCGAGGACUUCUACACGAACUCUGUGGAGGCCGACCGAGAAGUACCAGGUCUGAUGUCGUAUGCACCGAAGGCCGAGCCCACCGCCGAGUUUGAUAAAGAGUGUGAUAGUGAUGAUGGUGGUGAUGGUAGUGAUGAUCGUCAGUGUGAGAAGUCAGUGACCUUCCCACGCGUGAUCUUGAGCAUCUCAGCCCUCCAGAACAUGGCCGACCUCACCAGUGCCGAGCUGCGCCAAGCUCUCGCCCAGUUGGGAGAGACGCCGCCGGCCAAGUGGACGAAGCCCGAGUUGCGACUGAGGCUCGAGCAGCUGACGAAGGAGGACAUGUCACAGCGUGUGAAAAAGGAGAGCAAGCAACGCUCCCCCUACGAGGAAAUGGUACGCCGAAUGAACGCGGCAUCCAAGCGCAAGGCGACGCUCAUCGAGUUCUGCCGUCAGGAGCUCAAUAUGCACAACCUGGACAGCUGGACCAUAGUUCGCAUCCAGCACGAGGCCAUGAAGAAGAUCUACGAGGUUGCCGAGGCCGAUGCCUCGGACAUGGUGGGCUUCGGGAUCCAUGGCCGGCUGACGUACCGCGAACUUCGUUCCCAGCAGCCCGGCUAUGUCAAGUGGGUCAAGGACACAGCCCGCACAAACAAAGAGGAGGCCGACACACGGCUUCUGCGAUUGGCACGAUGGCUGGAGAGCGAAGGGGACGAGGAGAUGAUUGCCGAUGCCAAGAAGAUCGACUACAAGAAUCUCAAAGUGGAGAAGAGCGAGGCCAAGGGAAAAGGAUAUCCUUCAAGCUCCCCAGCCACGGGGUCAACGGAGGAUCCGACGAUGACCAUGAUGAAGAAUAUGUGCCAGGCCAUCGAGAGCCUACAGAGUCAAGUGGCCGAACUCCGGAUCGAGCCUCGGCGCAAGAUGGUGGCGAGCAAGGAGGAGUACGAGAGCGAGAAGCCUACGCCUCGGGGUAAGGCCCGGAGCUUAGAGACGAAAGCCUGGAUGAUCAAGCCGCAGUCCGUUGCUCUCUGUGGAAUGCGUGACGGGACCAUGAACCGGAUAAUCGGCCUAGGAACCUACGAGAAAGGACAAUUGUGGGUUCAAGAGGGAUACUUGCGUGAGGGCUGGGUGCAGUACUUUGGAAUGCCAAGGGCCCUUCGAUUGGAUCCGGCGGGGUCCUUCAGAAGUCAAGCGGUUCAGGAUUUCUGCGAUAGGAACAAUGUGUAUCACGACAACAUACCCGCGGAUGGUCAUUGGCAGAUAGGAGUGUGUGAGCAGGCGAUUCAAGGUGUGAAGACGGUGAUGACUAAACUGGUGGAUGAUGAUGACCAGGUGACGCCGGAAGAAGCUUUGGCGCAAGCCGUCCAUGUGUUCAAUGCUAGGGACCAUGUGAGGGGUUUUUCGCCCGUGCAGCAUGCGUUUGGCAGAAGCCCGGACAUUACAGGAAGACUGUUGGAGACUUCCCAGCAGGUUCCAGACGAGCUUGUUCUGGAGAGUGCUACAGAGGAGUUUGAGCGAUCGGCCCGACUGCGGGCCGAGGCGGAAAAAGCACAUGCACAAUGGCACAUGGAGCAGAGAAUCACUCGAGCCUUGAACUCACGAGCCAAGCCGGUGUAUGAUUUCAGGCCCGGCGAGCUAAUCUAUUUCUGGAGGAGUCAAGAGUCUGGACAGAGCCGCACAUCCCCCGGAAGUAAGACGGGACGGUUUCUUGGCCCGGCGAGAGUUCUCGCAACGGAAACCCGUCGCGAAGCUGACGGGACGCUACGUCCCGGUAGUGCCGUAUGGUGUGUGCGAGGCAGGUCUUUACUGAAGUGCUGCCCUGAACAACUUCGACAUGCAUCGGAACGUGAAGAACUUUUGGAAGGGUUAGCAAAGACUCAUGGCGAGCCAGAGACACCCUGGACUUUCACCAAGGUGGCCGAGGAAAUUGGCGGCAAUCAAUAUCAAGAUAUCUCUGAUGAGAAGCCGGAGCCCAGCGAGUGGGAGCGAUCACAAGAUGUGCGCGAGGAGGUGCCUCCUGUGAGGUACCGCUUCCGAGGGAAGCGAGCCGAACCGGAACCCAGUGAUGAAGUCAUGGAAGAGCCAGGAGAAAGCCGCACACCAUCGCAACCAUCACGACCGCGUACAGCGGCCACGGCUAAUUUUAUCGAUCACGGUGAGCGCUGGACAGAACGGGUUCCCAGCAAGGACUGGGCCACCGAAGCAGUUCAGUUCUGGGAGCACCAGGACGCCGCGGUGGAAGUGGAGAUCGCGAUGCCGGAGACCAAGAAGCACUGGGAGAAGGCCGCAGCGAACAUGCAGGGUUUCUUUGUUGGAGCUCUCAAAAGAAGAGCCGUGGAGGUUUCAGAGAAACGCUUGACACCGCAAGAGCUCUCCCAGUUCAAGGAGGCCAAAGCGGUAGAGGUCAAGAACUUUCUGGCGGCCGAAGCCUUUCAGGUGUUGCCCCCACAUUUAAGGCCCAACGCUUCACAGGCCAUUGGAAUGCGUUGGAUCCUUACCUGGAAAACCCGGGAGGAUGGCACGCGACGUGCGAAAGCACGUGCUGUCCUGCUGGGCUAUCAAGACCCAGGAUAUGAACAUCGUGCAACUACGGCACCGGUUAUGACGAGGCAGUCCAGACAAUUGUUAUUGCAAGUGGCUACCAACCGGCGAUGGGUCGUACACAAGGGCGACGUGUCAGGGGCAUUCUUGCAGGGACGUCAGUACCCCAGCGACUUAUAUUGCAUACCUUGCGACGAGAUAUGCCAGGCCAUGCAACUUCCUUCAGGAACCGUCACCAAGUUGAAGCGAGCAUGCUACGGAUUAGUCGACGCACCAUUGGAGUGGUACCGUACAGUACAUAGCUUUCUUCUUGAACUUGGCUUCGAAAGAAUAUGGAGUGAUGCUUGUGUGUGGACAUGGCGCAAGAACGGGGUCCUCAGAGGCGUUAUUUCAGGUCAUGUGGAUGAUUUCUUGUUUGCUGGAGGAGCCGACGACCGGGAGUGGCAAGAAGUGUUAAAACAGAUUCAGGAGCGCUUCAAGUGGGGGGACUGGGACACCGGGAAAUUCACCCAAUGCGGAGUUCAAGUGGAACAGACUGAUGACGGGUUCCUGCUUUCCCAAAGCACUUACCUAGAGGACACUCCCGAGAUUCCCCUCAACAGCAGUCGCCGCAAGAACCUCAAGGACGCCACUACGCCCUGGGAGCAAUCAAAGUUGCGAGGAGUGCUGGGUGCCAUAAGCUGGCAUGCCCAGCAAGUAGCACCACAUUUGUCUGCCGAGGUCAGCCUGCUGUUGUCGGAAGUAACAAAGAGUACAGUUGAUACUGUGGUACGUACGAACCAACUGCUCAGUCACGCCAAGGCCAAGAAGGACCAUCAGCUAAGGAUACACCGAUUCGAAGAAGGCACCGAGCUGGGAGCCUACGCAUGGGUAGAUGCCGGGAGCCAAAACCGCCCUGACGGCGGAAGCACCCAAGGAGUGCUCAUCGGCUUAGCGCCGACAAGCCUGCUUCAAGGUGAGGUUUGUCCUGUGAGUGUCAUGGCCUGGCACUCAAACAAGAUAGACCGGGCUUGUAGAAGCCCGGGAGCGGCCGAGACUCAGGCCGCCAUCAACGGAGAGGACCUACUUUACUAUCUGCGAUAUCAGCUUGGAGAGUUGUUACAUGGCGUAGCAGAUGCUAAGGAUCCAGAUGCUACUGUGCGACUGAUUCCGGGUUGCGUGAUAUCAGACUCACGCAAUGUCUUCGACAAGCUGCAGACAGAAGUGGUCUCGAUAAAAGGGGCAGAACGUAAGUCAAACAUCGAGUUGCUGAGUUUGAAGGAGGCCCAGGUCCAGGUCCGAUGGGUCCAUUCUGAGGCCCAGCUGGCCAACACAUUGACCAAGGCCAGUGGUGGCAAGGAGCUCGAGCUCUUUUACCGUAUGAAAUGUCGCUGGCGCAUUGUGGAGGACGAUCAAAUGCGCUCGGCACGACGACGUAAGACCGACGGUUUAGAGCCGUUGCAACAAGGGGAUCCUGAUGACUCCACUGUCGAUUGUCUGGUGAUGUGUGAAUGA